AUGACCACGAGUUUCCUAGAAGACCACCAGUGGAUGAACAUGACGGAUUAUGGUCACUGUCCACAGAAACCGCGUCUGUCACCGGAGUGUGAAAGAUUGAACCACGACGAAGUAUGCUUCUUUGCUUGUUCGCCAAACUCCGGCCCUUGGAUUGUGAAAGGGACCGAAAGCCCGUUUAAUCACCGUUUGAAGCAUCUCCCAUUGUGCGCCAGCCAGUGUGACAAAUGGUGGAACGCUUGCAAGGAGGAAUACACGUGUCACAGAAACUGGUUAACCGACCCUGCCUGGGACGCUAACGGUGUGAACAUUUGCCCAAAGGACGCGGUGUGUAAGAAAUACACUGAGAUGUACACAUCAGCUGCUGAUUUCUGCAACACCAUUUGGGAUGGCGGAUAUCACGUGGUACCGGACACCGAGCCUUGCAUGGAGUUUAGUUUCGAUCCAACAAAACCAAAUCCGAACAUCCCCGUGGCUCGAGCCGCUGCCGAGAAAAAGGCCGCUGUGUCUGAGGCGUCCGGAUUGAAGAUGUAUCCCCCGUCAGGGGUUUUUGUUCUCUUUACGCUGUUCUUAUUUUGCACCGCCCUUAAACUGUUUUAG